AUGGCCAACACCACGGGGCUGAACAGCCCAGAAGUUGCAGGCUCAGUGGGGCUGGUUCUGGCGGCUUUGGUGGAGACAGCGGCGCUGCUGGGCAACGGUGCACUGCUGGCAGUGGUGCUGCGCACGCCAGGGCUGUGCGACGCGCUCUACUUGGCACACCUGUGCGUCGUGGACCUGCUCGCUGCCGCCUCCAUCAUGCCCCUGGGCAUGCUGGCCGCGCCACCCCCGGGGCUGGGCCGCGUGCGCCUGGGCCCCGCGCCGUGCCGCGCCGCGCGCUUCCUCUCGGCUGCACUGCUCCCGGCCUGCACGCUCAGCGUGGCCGCCCUCGGCUUGGCGCGCUACCGUCUCAUCGUGCACCCGCUGCGGCCCUGCGCGAGGCCACCGCCCGCACUUGUGCUCGCCGUCGUGUGGGCCGCCGCGGGGCUGCUGGGUGCGCUCUCGCUGCUCGGGCCGCCGCCGGCACCACCCCCUGCCCCGGCGCGCUGCUCGGUCCUGGCCGGUGGCCUCGGACCCUUCCGGCCACUCUGGGCGCUCCUGGCCUUCGCGCUGCCCGCCCUCCUGCUGCUUGGCGCUUACGGCAGCAUCUUUCUUGUGGCCCGGCGUGCCGCACUGCGCCCCCCACGGCCUCUGCGGCCGGCGUUGGGAUCCCGGCUGCGCUCGGACUCUUUGGACAGCCGCCUUUCCAUCCUGCAGCCCCUCCGGCCUCGCCUGCCCGGGGGCAAGGCGGCCCUGGCCCCAGCGCUGGCCCUCGGCCAGUUUGCAGCCUGCUGGCUGCCCUACGGCUGCGCGUGCCUGGCGCCAGCAGCGCGAGCAGCAACAGCGGAGGCGGCGGUCACCUGGGUGGCCUAUUCCGCUUUUGCAACUCACCCCUUCCUGUAUGGCCUACUCCAGCGACCCCUGCGCCAAGCGCUGGUCCGCCUCGCCCGCCGGAUAGUUCCCUGGCCCCCAAAGGCCUGUGCACUACAGGCCUGGCAUCCUCGAGCACUUUUGUGCCGCCUGCAGGGACACCCCCAGUGUCCCGCCCUAGGCCCUUCGGAGGUCCCAGAACAAGCCCCAGAGUUGGAGAGAGAUGGGAGUCAGACCAUGCCAGAGGCCACCUGA